UAUCGCGGAGUGUGACCUCCUCCUGACCUAUCGCACCUCGACUCAUGUACGUGCGGACGAAGCGUGCAGGUGUUUGGCGAUUAUCAUUAAAACAAGCUGAGGUUCACAUGGAAAGGGCUCACAGGCUGCAGCGCUGAAAAAACUCACAGCCCCGUAUUAAAUCAGUUACGCAACAUGAACAGCAGCGGACCAACGUAUCCUCUUGCCUCUUUGUAUGUUGGGGACCUGCACCCUGAUGUUACAGAGGCAAUGCUUUAUCAAAAGUUCUCUCCUGCUGGACCCAUCAUGUCGAUCCGUGUAUGCCGGGACAUCAUUACCCGCAGAUCUCUUGGAUAUGCCUACAUCAACUUCCAGCAGCCGGCAGACGCCGAGUGUGCCUUAGAUACCAUGAAUUAUGAUGUCAUCAAGGGUCGACCCAUUCGAAUAAUGUGGUCUCAGCGUGACCCAGGUCUCAGGAAGUCGGGUGUGGGUAACAUCUUUAUCAAGAACAUGGAUGAGUCCAUCGACAACAAAGCGCUUUAUGAUACCUUCUCAGCCUUUGGCAAUAUAUUGUCUUGCAAGGUCGUCUGUGAUGAGAAAGGAUCCAAAGGCUAUGGCUUUGUUCACUUUGAGACUCAGGAGGCUGCAAACCGUGCCAUUGACACAAUGAAUGGGAUGCUUCUGAAUGACAGGAAAGUUCAAGAGGCAGGUAAAAAGGAAUCUGGCAUUGUCAACCCAAAGGACCAUUUCCUGUGGCAAAAAUGUCAGUUAUCCCAGCUUAGGUCAGCAAAUAGGUUUGUUGGCCACUUCAAGUCUCGCAAAGAAAGGGAGGUAGAGUUUGGCUCCAAAGCUCUGAAGUUCACUAAUGUGUACAUCAAAAACUUUGGAGAGGACUUUACUGAUGAGAAACUCAAGGAAGUUUUUUCUACCUUUGGGAGGACCCUUAGUGUGCGGGUGAUGAAGGAUGAGAAGGGCCGUUCCAGAGGAUUUGGGUUUGUCAACUAUUCUCACCAUGAGGAUGCUCAGAAGGCUGUGGAUGAAAUGAAUGGAAAGGAGAUGAAUGGGAAGACCAUCUAUGUAGGAAGGGCUCAGAAGCGUUUGGAGCGUCAAGGGGAGCUGAAGCGCAAGUUUGACCAGAUCAAACAGGACCGCAUCCAACGCUAUCAGGGGGUGAAUCUAUAUGUGAAGAACUUGGAUGAUAGCAUCAAUGAUGAGAGGCUCCGGAAGGAAUUUUCUCCUUACGGCACAAUCACCAGUGCUAAGGUGAUGACUGACGGUGGCCAGAGCAAAGGCUUCGGCUUUGUCUGCUUCUCUUCCCCAGAGGAAGCAACGAAAGCAGUGACCGAAAUGAAUGGGAGAAUAGUUGCCACCAAGCCGCUGUAUGUUGCUUUGGCACAGAGGAGGGAAGAGCGUAAAGCCAUUCUAACUAACAAGUACAUGCAGAGGCUCGCUACGCUGAGAACCAUGAGCAGUCCCAUCAUUGAUUCUUAUCACCAGUCUGGAUACUACAUGACCAUACCUCAGCCUCCCACUCGUUCUUUCUACAACCACAAUGCUGUCAGCAAUCUGAGACCAGUCCCUCGUUGGACAGGACAGCCGCCCAGACCCCAGGGACAUUACCCGCCUCAGUAUGUAGGGAAUCCCCCUCCACCGCCGCGUCGCAGUUCACCAACAAUUACUACAGUCCGGCAGGCUUCAACCCAGGCUCCACGAGUCGUAAACUCCACACAAAAGACAAACAACAUAGGGACUCAGACUGGAGGAGUUCCCAGAGGAAGUCAGUACAAGUAUUCAUCUGGAGUGAGGAACCCUCUUCAUGUUGCUAAUGUUCCUGCGAACAUGACAAGACCCCAGGUCGUUCCUGCGCCUGCAGUAGAUCAGCUAGUUCAUAUUCCAGGCUCAGAGCCACUCACUGCUUCAAUGCUGGCUGCAGCUCCCCUCAUGGAUCAGAAACAACUCCUUGGGGAGCGUCUGUAUCCUCUGAUUCACGCGCUUCACCCAAACCUGGCAGGAAAGAUCACAGGGAUGCUGCUAGAGAUUGACAACUCAGAGCUGCUGCACAUGCUGGAGUCACCGGAGUCCCUGAACUCUAAGGUGGAAGAGGCGAUCGCUGUUCUGCAAGCUCACCAGGCAAAAGAUUGUCCUCCAAAAAAGUGAAAUAAUUUAAGGUGUGAACGUUGUUUUGGAGGAAUGGAAAAGUUAUCAGUGAUUUUUGG